AUGGUUGCUCCACUGAACCUAGAAGAAGGACAAUCAUCAACAAGACCACCUCGUUUCAAUGUCCAGUUCUAUAGCUGGUGGAAAACAAGUAUGCACGACUGUCUAAUGGCUGAAGACAACGAGUUGUGGGAUAUAGUGCUGGAUGGACCCUUCAUCCCUACAACUGCAGUAAAAGAUGGCGAAAUUACAAAGGCCGUUCCAAACACUUGCCAACAGUACAACGAGGUGGACAGAAAGAAGAUCGAGAAAAGCUACAGAGCUAAGAAGCUGCUAGUGUGUGGAAUAGCUCACGAAGGCACAGAGCAGGUGAAGGAAUCAAAAGUGGAUAUGUUGACCACCAAAUAUGAGAACUUCACAAUGAAGGAGAGGGAAACUAUUCACGAAAUGUAUACGAGAUUCUCCUCCAUAACCAACGAGUUACGAUGUUUGGGAGAACCUAUUCAUUCUAGUAAGCAGGUCAGGAAGAUUCUUCGAGUACUUCCCAAGUCAUGGGCAAGCAAAGUGGAUGCCAUUACUGAGGCAAAGGACCUAAAGGUUCUAACGAUGGACACUCUGAUUGGUAAUAUUCAGACUCAUGAAAUGAAUAGAAACCAAGACCCUUCAAGGAAGGAGGUAAAGAAAGAUAGGUCCCUAGCUCUCAAAAUCUCUCCAAGUGACGUCUCCAGUGAAGAGGAAGACAUGGCUUAUCUCAGCAAGAGAUUUCAAAAAAUUGUGGGAUACUUCAUAAGAGAUUGUUCGAUGCUCAAAGCUGAAACCAAAGAGCAUCAAAGAUCCGGAGGUGAAAAUGAUAGAAGGAGGGACCUAGUACCUGAAAAGAAUGCAAGAAAACCUGCAGUUGAAUAUGUGGUUAACAAAGCUUUGAUUGUGUGGGGUGAUUCAUCAAGUGAGUCAGAAGAAUCAGAAUGUCCAGAUGAUGCAUCCAUGAUGGUUGUUAAAGAUGAUGAGAAUGUGUCUGAUGGCUUGUUCGCUCUUAUGGCCAAAUCUGAUAGCGAGGAAGACAAACAAAAGGUAACACUUCUUGACCUUAAACAAAACUUGAAUACUUACUUUGUUAGAAUGUUGAGAAAUCUAGCUGAUGUCCUGAUCGAUUCUGUUAUAAAGUUAACUGCUGAAAAGGACUCUAUGAACAAUAGUCUCGAUAAGUUUAGUGAAGAAAAGACAGCUCUGACUGUCCAUAAGUCUGUUAUUGAGGAACAAUUGACUGUUCUAGAUAUUGAAAAUCUAGAACUUAAGGAACAAUUGGGUAUUAUGAAUGAGAAAUCCGGCAAAUGA